AUGAUAAAUUCUAAAAUUACUGUGUUCGAUAUUGGAAUAUUUUAUGCUGAAGCAAAUACAACAAUGAUUGUUGGUCUCCUUGCGAUGGUUUUAAAUCUUAUUGUAGGCGUAGCAUUUAUUAAAGGCAAGCGACUGAAUACUCCGGCUUCGUUAUUUUUGGCUAACUUAACAGUAACUGAUUUAGUUUGUGCAUUAUCGUUAAUUCUUGAUUCUAUAACGAAUUAUAUACUCUUGAAGAUGCCUAUGAACACCCAAUACGUUGAUUCGCUUUGCAAAUUUAGUAACUUCCUAUGCGGUCUAUCCUAUAUUACUUUAAGUGCAAGUCUGUCGGGCCUUAGUACUGAAAGAUAUAAUGUAAUCGUACGUACUAAGAGUAAAGGCUUCCAAAUUAGAACUGCAAAGAUCAUGGUUGGUUUAAUUUGGAUUUAUGGAGCAGUUGUUGCUACUCCUCUUGUAUUUGUUUUUGGAAUCAAUGUUAUUAUCGAAGAUAAAGUUACAAAUUACUCUAGAUGCGUUUUAUUACCAGAAAAUUCUACGUUUAAUACCAUUUAUUAUUCAGCUGGUUUUAUAGGGUUGUUUUUAUUGCCAUUUAUGUCCAUGCUUUAUGCAUAUUACAAAAUUGCUAUGAGAAUAUAUAGUAAUAAGCGUCCUGGUGAAUCUGCUAUUCGUGUUAUGACUACUCGUGAAAAAAGCAAGCGCCGCCAAAUUAUCAUUUUAUUCUUUAUGAGUAUGGCUUUUAUGCUGUCAUCUCUCCCUUACUUUGUAUUAUUACUAAUCGUUCCAAUAUAUAGCCUAGAUGGCAUUAAUAUAUAUCAUGAAAGUCGAAUUUUUUGGAUUAUGUACGUAACUGCUAAAUUACUCUAUACAUGCUCUUGUUUGUAUGAUCCUAUAUUGUAUAAUUUUAUUAGACUAAAUUUCCGAAAGUCGUUUAAGGACACUUUCAAUCCUUGCAGUCCAAAACCUAAGGCUCAAAUUCAUCCAACUGGCUCAUCAAAAGUGGGUACAACGGAAAUUGUUGGCUUUAAGUGA